CGGGGGCACCGGCUCGGCUCGGCUGGGCUCGGCUGGGCUCCGGUGGCGUGGGCCGGGCAGCGGCGGGGCGGUGGCCCCGCGGUGCGGGCGGGGGGCGUCCGCGUGUCCGCGCCCUCGGGCGGCCGCGUCGUCGCCUGGUGCCAGCAGCCGCCCCCGCCGCCCGCGCGCCUGGGCGCAGGUUUGGACUUUCAAAGUAACCGGGCCCACUUGCUGGUGUGACGUGAGCUGGCUCCUCCCGCCCCGCCACAGUGACUUUCACUGGGAGCGGAGUGGCGAGUCCGGCUGGCCGGCCCCAGCGGUCAUCGAUGCCGCCCCUGGCGGGCUGCGAGGAACAGUGGCGGCCAUGCCUGCCGCGGCCCUGGCGGCUCCUUCUCCGCCCCGCUAACCUGCAUGGUGUGGGUGCCCUUGGGACCCCAGACGACUGAACGUCUGACCUGGCUUCACACCCCCGGUAACAAGUCCCCCAAGAUGUCGCUCGAGUGGCUGGUGGCCUGGGGCUGGUCGCUGGACGGCCUCAGGGACUGCGUCGCCACCGGCAUCCAGUCGGUGCGGGACUGCGACAGCACGGCCGUGGUCACCGUGGCCUGCCUGCUGGUCCUGUUCGUGUGGUACUGUUACCACGUGGGCAGGGAGCAGCCGCGGCCCUACGCGUCCGUCAACGCGCUCAUGCAGGGCGCCGAGGCCCGCGGGCUGCAGAACGGCCUGGCCCCCUGCCCGGCGCCUGAGUGUGCGCGCCGCUCCCCCGAGGGCUUCAACCACAAGCUCUACCACAACCUGCAGGAGUACGCCAAGCGCUACUCCUGGUCGGGCAUGGGCCGCAUCCACAAGGGCGUCCGCGAGCAGGGCCGCUACCUCAGCAGCCGGCCCUCCAUCCAGAAACCCGAGGUCUUCUUCCUGCCCGACCUGCCCACCACGCCCUACUUCUCCCGGGACGCGCAGAGGCACGACGUGGAGCUGCUGGAGCGGAACUUCCAGACCGUCCUCUGCGAGUUCGAGGCCCUCUACAGAGCCUUCUCCAACUGCAGCCUCCCGCAGGGCUGGAGGCUCAACAGCACACCCAGCGGGGAGUGGUUCACCUUUUACUUGGUCAACCAGGGGGUUUGCGUCCCCAGGAACUGCAGGAAGUGCCCACGGACGUACCGCUUGCUCGGAAGCCUUCGGACCUGUAUUGGGAACAAUGUUUUUGGGAAUGCGUGCAUCUCCGUGCUGAGCCCCGGGACCGUGAUCACGGAGCACUACGGGCCCACCAACAUCCGCAUCCGGUGCCACCUAGGGCUCAAGACCCCGAGCGGCUGCGAGCUGGUGGUCGGGGGCGAGCCGCAGUGCUGGGCGGAGGGCCGCUGCCUGCUCUUCGACGACUCCUUCCUGCACACCGCGUUCCACGAAGGGUCGGCAGAGGACGGCCCGCGGGUGGUUUUCAUGGUGGACUUGUGGCACCCGAACGUCGCAGCCGCCGAGCGGCAGGCCCUCGACUUCAUCUUCGCUCCGGGGCGAUGAGGACACUCCCGCCGGAGCAGCCAGAGGGUGGACCGGACAGCGCGCCCCCGGCCCGGGCCCAGGCGCAGCACCUGCCUCCGCGGGAAGCCCCUGGGACCUGAGCCGGUGGCGGGUCCCUCUAACCCUUGGUCACUGUAAAUGGAAACUCUCAGCUUGUGUCCCCUCAGAUUCCUGCCCCUCCGACCUCGCUUGAGACCCUCCUGGCAGCUAGUGCCCCGGACUCGCCCGCGCCCUGGUUUUUUACAUGUUCUGAAAUAGAGCGGCCAAGCGGCCCUGUCUGAACGCGUGACGCGAGGCCUCUCUGGUCACCUUCAAGCACCCGCCUGCCGGCCGGGCCGGGAACAUGACCUGUUCUGCUGGCACAUGGAGGCCCUCUGGGCGCGGGGCGGGGGACAGUCUGCAGUCCUCACAGAUGGCCGGCUGUGUUGGCCGCCUCGCGUGGUGUCCAGGGCCCCAGGAAGCUGUGGCCACUGUUCUCCCGCCCGAAGCCGUCGGGUCCCCGGGGAAGGGCCCCCUCUGGCAGCACCGGCGCUUUCCGCACGCGUUUCCCUCCAGAGCCGAGGCGGGGGCUCCCCGGCCAGCCAGAGGGACCGCGCACCUCACUGCCACCCGAGCCCACUGCCAUCCUGGCCUGGACACGUCCCCUCUCGCUGUCUGCAGUCUGGUGGCCGGGGGUCAGGCCACCAGGCCAGCUGGUGUCCCCAGGUGGGCGGAGCCAGGCCCGCCCAGCGUCCCUGUGGCUUGGAGUCCCUGCCUGAGUUUCCCUUUAUUCGCCAACGUUCCAGCGAGACUCAGAUGCAGGUGCCUCCACCGCACGCCCAAUGACAGUGGCCUGAGCCGGCCAGCGUGAGGACACAGCGAGGCCUGCGGACCCCACGGGCCAGGGUCGCUGCCCAGCUGUCGGGCCUCCUGAGAAGACGUGGCUGUCCACCGGCCACACCAGAGACGCCUGGUGGGGACAGUGUGGGGGGCAGUGCAGGUCCACGUGGCCAGGGGCCACCGCACACAGCUCGUCUCACGCGGGGCCAUCUUGGUGUCCUGAUGCCCACUGGGGUCCUGGGGGUACCCUGGCCAAGAAGCCGGAUCCGAAAGUGGACCGGCGUCACAGGAGCGUGUGCGCGAGCACGCGUCCACGGUGAGUGCAGGCGAAGCCCGGGCAGCAGGGCCCGGCGGCACCGUCGCCCGGAGCCUUUGUGCCCAUCAGGUGUCUCUGAAAGAACCGCCCGGGGGCAGGACCCGCGCUGACCCUGCUCCACUUCGCCUGACCAGCGGCCUCGUGGUUCCCGGAGGAGAGAAGGAAGGGUCCUGGGACCCAGGGGGAGGGGGCCGCGGCCUGGGGCGGAGGUGGCGGCUCCUGGUUUUGAGAUGGGGCCACAGCCGUGGAGGGAGGGGACGAGGCAGCAGGUGCUGCUGAGAUGGUGCGCAGGGGCGGCGCCUCUCCGGAGCGUCAGAUGUCACCUGGGAGGGACAGGGACAGGCUCCAGCACCACCGAGCACUCGGGCUGGGGGGCAGGAGCUCUUGGCAGGUCACUUAACCCAGUCAGCCCCCUGGAGAGGCAGUGCCUGGCCCUUGAAGGGCAGCGCUGGUCCCCUCCCUGCCGCACCAAAGAAACAGCUGCGGACAAAGGACAGUUUCUCCCUUGGUCUUAGGAGAGGGGGACUGACUAGGCCCCCCGGAGCUCUCACGAGCCCGGGUCCCGCCCGAGGUCCCUGCUGGGCUGCACGGUGAGCAGAGGGUGGGGUGCCCUCGCCUCGUGUCACCACGUGGGCAGCUGCUGAAGUGGCCCCCGCGUGUAGCGGGGGAGGCCGGAGGUGGGAAGGGACCCCGCCUCCCCUGGACAGCGGCGUCCAGGAGUUCCCCUCAGGCCCUGCAGUGGGGCCGGGCCAGCCCCUGAUCUGCGCGGGGUCCCCCAGGCCCCCGACCCUGACCCUGGUCUCCCAGGGUCACAUUGCCUGGUUCUGUGCUCCGUGCCAGUGACCAAGCUGACGGCACCGAGUGCCCUACGGCGUGAAGCGGGCAGGGCGAGGGUAUGCCAGGUUCUCGGCUCUGGCUGCACAGGACAGUCCCCUCGGGAGCUCUGGAGACACGCUGGUGCCCCGCGCGCUUGCCGCUGUUGGGAGCGAACCCAGGCAGCACGUCUUCCUGAAACCCGCUUCCUGUCCUGUCCCGUGAGCCUGAGGGUCUCUGCUCCGAGGGGCCAGGAUGGGAAAGUCUUGGAAACAAGCCAGCAGGAGAGUGGCACUGGCUCUGUCCCCAUGUGACCCUGGGCACCCGAACCCCACUUCUGAAGGGGCAGCCUGUUUUUAACCGUUUACCAUCAGCGCCCUGAUGAGCUCCGUGCGAGACCCCCGGGGCGCCACAUUCAGUCCAGGGUUUUCAGGGCCUGACGAAGCCCCUGCUGCAGGGCUGGGCCUGUGAGCCAGGCCCGAGCACAGCCUCCCGACUCUGGGCCGCUCCAUUUGGGUCAGGGCUGGGCACGUGAUCCGCGUUCCCUUGCUGGGGCCAUUGGGGGAGAAAGGCAACUUUCCACGGCCAGGGUGGGGGAUCAAGUGGACAGGAAGCCUGAGAGGGAGCCCCACGGAGGCAAGCAGGUCCCCCAGUAAGAUCACCUGCAUCUUGAUACAGCUUUGCCUGAAACCAGUCUACCUCUGGACUUUCCAGUUC